CACCUUUUAAUACCCAGUCCAUGCUUUUCUAUUUGAUUUUCUUUCACUAGGAUAUUUGCAACCUUGAGGUACCGAUACUUGACUAGGAACACACAUUGGUGUUAAGGAUAAAGUUGGGGAAACCUAUGGACAACCUCAAAUAUUUAAAUGAUAUAAAGUUGUUGUUUAAUGAUAAUAAGAGUGAAAGACCAGAUUUGCCCAUUCAAAUACUCCAGAAGAUGCCCAAUUUAACAAAAAUGAGUAUAAACUAUUGCAGUUGCCUCGAGGUAUUCCAAACUCAAAUCCCAGAAAUUAUUGAGAAAAUGGUGCUUACACACUUGAAAACAUUGAAACUGGAUAAUGUGUCAAAACUCAAAUCCAUUGGGUCAGAGGACUCACCAUGGUUAAACGUGAUAUGUGACAGUGAAAAGCUCCAAAAGUUAUAUGUUUUCACUUGUCCUGAUUUGAAAACAUUAGUGCACUCUACUCCUUCAGUGUCUUUCACGUAUGUGAGAGAAAUGUACAUAAACGGGUGUAAAGAAUUGAAGUAUUUAUUCACAUUAUCAUCAGUGAACAAGUUAGAAAACCUUGAGCAUAUAGAAGUCUGUAACUGUGAAUCAAUGCAAGCAAUAGUCUGGAAAUAAGAGAAUGAAAUUUCAGAAGAGAUCAAUCUACAGCAGCUAAAGCGCACAGAUCUAUAUCAAUUAUCAAGCUUGGAAUGCUUUUGUUCAGGCAAUGAGACUUUGCAGUUACCCUCCUUGAUGAUAGUUGACAUAUGGAGAUGCCCCAAGAUGGAGUUUUUCUCUGGAGGAGAGAUACACCUGAAUUCUUCUUUUAGAGGAAUUCGAGUUUCAAACGUCUUAAGUGAUGACUUGGUCUUCUACCAUGAUCUUAACUCUUCUGUAGAGAAGGUGUUCCUGCAACAGGAGUUUUUUCAAGUGGACAGCGAGUGCUUUUUUGAUAAUCUUGAACUACAAGCAGACCCAAAUUGUAAAACUGGUCUGCAAAACAAAUGGUUGGCCAAUUUGGAAACAUUGAAGUUGCAUAACUGCAAGCUAUCAUAUGCAAUUCCAUCUUUUGUUCUUUCUCUUUUAAAGAAUUUAAAAGAAUUAUAAGUACGAGAUAGCGACC